UGCCUAGAACCCUGUAGAGAACCCCGAGACCUGGAGGAGAGUCAGUGCCUCAGUUACUGUGAGGCGCGCUUCCCCGGCCGGGCUGCGGGCUGCGCGGGCAGCUGCGCGUUCCUGGCCUGGGCGCGGGCGGUGAAGCCGGGCGCCUGCCCCGCCCCCGGCCCGCGCUGCGCGGGGUUCGCGGCCGCCUGCGUGGACAGCUGCGCGGCCGACGGCGACUGCGCGGGCGCCCGCAAGUGCUGCGCCAACGGCUGCGGCCGCACCUGCCAGGCCCCGCGCGCCCGCCUGCGAGGCGUCCCCGCGAGGCCCAGGCAGGAGCUGAGGUUCCGCGAGUUCGAGUCCGGGCGGUUGGAGCUGCGCUGGUCGUCCAGGUUCAACGUGUCCCUCGAACCCGUGGUCUACGUGGUGCAGCGUCGCUGGAACCGCGGGAUCCACCCCAGCGAGGACGAGGCCACGCCGUGGCAGACGGUCACCCAGACCACCGAGGAGCACACCCAGCUGGACGACAUCCGGGCCACGCGCUGGUACCAGUUCCGGGUCGCAGCCGUCAACGUGCACGGCACGCGGGGGUUCACCGCCCCCAGCAAGCACUUCCGGUCCUCCCGAGCCCCGUCCCCGCCCCCCGCCCCCUCUGAUCUGCGCGUGGCCGACGUCGCGUGGAGUGACGACGGCAGCGUGGCCGUGACCCUGGCGUGGACACCGCCCUUUGACCCCGACCUCCCCGUCCACCACUACAAGGUCACCUGGAGCUGGACGGACGGCGGGACCCCGAGCAAGCGCAGGACAACCACUGGAGGGCGGCUCCCCGGCCUGGUGCUGGACGGCCUGCAUCCGGGCCUGGACUACACGGUGCAGCUGCAGCCCGUGGCCUUCUGGGGGCAGACGCGGCUCAAGGGCCCCCAGGCCACACUGCGCUUCCGGGCGCCGGACGCCACGCGGGAGCCGGAGGGCGACCUACUGGGGAAACUGAGGAAGAACGGAUCACAGGUUCAACCCCCUGUCCAGAGGAGUCAGCCGGCCCAGCCACUGGAAAUCGGGACACCCUUUUACCAAGAUGGCCAGCUGCAGGUGAAGGUGUACUGGAAGAAGCCGGAAGGCUCCAAGGUCAGCAAGUACCAGGUGGAGUGGUCUCCCGAAAUCUGCGCCCAAAACCAAACGGCCGGGCAGGGACCCUGGUACAUCUCCACCCAGGACCGCUUCCUCCUGGCGGUGCCCCACCUCACCCCGUCCACCCUGUACCAGCUGCAGGUGCGCACGCUCACCCGCCUCGGGGAAGGACCAGCAGCCACCGGGACCUUCAGGACCCCUGACCUCCCACCUGCACCUGCUGCGCCUCGGCCCCAUGGGAAGCAGCCCUAUCCUGCUCCCUCUGACAAGCGACCUCCAGGGAGAUACUGAUCUCUUCCUCCAUGGGAUGGGACCGUGCACAGGAUGUGAGCUCCUUGCACACAACAUGGCUCCCACGAGCAGAACUUGGUGCCCGCACUGGGUGCUUACUUUGGAGAACUCCAUCCCCGGGGUCACUUCUGGCCACCAUUCAUGCAUCUGCAAGGACGCAAGAGAUGAUGAAGGGAGGGAGGCCAUCUUCAGAGGAAAAAACACAGAUAUGGGUGGAUGGAUGGAUGGAUGGGUGGAUGGAUGGAUGGGUGGAUGGAUGGAUG